AUGACAUCAGCGGGUGUCUUUGCCAAGACAAUCCUCAUCCCAGCCUCAAUCGCACUAUCAAUCUACAUUCUAGUCACAUGUCUGAUAAUCCCCUUCUUCCGCCGCUACCACCAACGUUAUUCGCAAUACCUCCCCCUACAAACUAUAUCCGCGCACACAUUAUCCCUACGCGACCGCAUAGCCGAUAAAUUGAUGUACCUCUUCCUUCCAUCUCGGUGGAGGUGGGGCGCGCGCACAGCCGAUCACGAUACGAUCAGUAUUGACGAUGAGGAAGGAGAGGUGUUGGUUAGGAUGAAUAGGGAUUCUGUAAGGCGGGGUGCGCUGGAAGAACGGAGACAUGAUAACCUGGAGGAGACACAGAGUCGUCUGGGUCGGGAUUUGGAGGAGGGAUUUAUGGAUGAUAGUGAUGAUGAGAGGCGUGAAGGGCGUGGAAAUGGACAGCAAGUAAGGCUUUGA